GCUCAUCACGCUUUCGCUCAUCACGGUGGUCCGCCGCUUGGGUCGGAAAAUCAAGCAAGUUUCUCCAGCAUCUUCAGCUGAUUCCGGUGCCGUACUUUUCGUUUACUAGUUCCAAAACAUAGUAGGAUUGGGUAGAAGCGAAAAAUAAAAUGAAGUUCCUGGUUGUUUUCAGCGUUCUGGUGGCUAGCGCAAUGGCCGGCGAAGGACCAAAAGUGACGGACAAGGUGUUCUUUGACAUCACGAUCGGCGGCAAACCUGCGGGACGCAUCGUGAUCGGGCUGUUCGGGGGAACCGUUCCGAAGACGACACGCAACUUCAAGGAGCUAGCGGAGAAGACUACCGUCGGCGAAGGAUACAAGGGCAGCAAGUUCCAUCGCGUGAUCCCCGACUUCAUGCUCCAGGGCGGUGACUUCACCAAGGGCGAUGGCACCGGAGGCCGCUCGAUCUACGGCGAGCGCUUCGCCGACGAGAACUUCAAGCUGAAGCACUACGGAGCUGGCUGGCUGUCGAUGGCAAACGCCGGCAAGGACACGAACGGUUCUCAGUUUUUCAUCACGGUCAAGCAAACCAGCUGGCUCGACGGCCGGCACGUCGUGUUCGGCAAGGUACUGGAAGGUAUGGAUGUUGUGCGCAAGGUUGAGAAAACCGCCACCGAUGGGCGCGAUCGGCCGACGAGCGAUGUCGUCAUUGCGGACUCUGGUUCGCUCCCGGUCGACGAGCCGUUUGCCGUCGAGAAGAGCGAUGCCGAAUAAAGUGACCGCCCGCCCUGUGUGAACGAGCCUCGUUUCACGGAGGCUCUUCCGUACUUUUAUCAUUCACCACCAUUGGCACACAUCCUUGGCCUCAUCCUCUGUUUUCCGAGAUCUACGUCGGGCCGUCACCCGUCGUUCGAAUGAAGAUAAAAAAUAAUGCAUUUCGAGUGGACUUCCGACGGCGGGGGAACGGUAAGCUGACGUUAAGGACAACACGCGGACGGAAAUGAUGGUUGAUAAUGUGCAAAAGAUAUCACACUGAACACACAAUAUUCGGUAAAUAAAAGAGAAGAUUGUAUUUUUAUGAAAAAGA